UUGAGUUACAUGGAGUUAAAAAAAAGGAAGAGGAAAAAGGAGGAAGGGAAGAUGAAUGAGACAUAAAAGAGGGAAAGGGGAAGGGUAUUCAGCAUUUUCAUUUUUUUUUUGCCUUCAGCGACUUCAUUCAGCAAAAACAGGAGCACCAGGUGAAAAGGUUGCAGCUGCAGCACUGCCAGUGUGAAGUGUGUAUAAGUGUGUGUGUGUGUGUGUGUGUGUGUGUGUGUGUGUGUUUGAGAUGGAGGGAAUUAAAGAAGAGCACAAGCAGAUAGAAGCACCAGAGACCAUCAAUGAGGAAGAAAAGGUGAUACUCAAAAACACCUGGUCGAAGGUGUAUGAGAAUAAAGAGGCAGCAGGAGUCGCUGUGCUCAUCAGACUCUUUACCAGUUUCCCGUCGGCGAAGCAGUACUUCAGCGAGUUUCGCCACAUGGAGGAUGUGCAGGAAAUGCAGUCGAGCACACAGCUGCAGAAACACGCCGUGAGGGUGAUGAAGGCCCUCAACACCCUGGUGGAGAACGUCCAUGACGGAGAGAAGAUGGCAUCUGUGGUGGAGCUGGUGGCCAAAUCACACGCUCACAACCACAACGUCGAGCCCAGGUACUUUAAUAUCCUGGCUGGAGUCAUUCUAGAAGUGCUGGUGGAGGUUUUCCCAGAAUCCUUUGACGCGGAGGCGCAGAGGGCGUGGUCGAAACUGAUGGGUGUGGUUUAUUACCACGUGACUCGGGUCUACUCGGAGGUCGGCUGGGCUUCCACAGAGUGAGAGUCAAUGAAGAAAAAAAGGGAGACACUUUUACUAUUAAUGCUAUACAAUAAUUGUUCUGGAUAACCGGAAUAUCAUGUGAGGAAAUCUGUUUCUGCAGGAAGUCUAUUCUUCAUGGACGACGUAAAAAAACAGAGGACAUCAUUAUGACAUUCAUUUACCCAAGUUUAUUAUACAUUUUUUUCUAUAUUAUUUUUUACAGCUUUUGUGUGCUGAUACGCAGUGGAUAAAAGUUGGUGGACACCUGACCAUGAGAUUGCUAUGUGCUUUUUUUUGAACAUCUCAUUCUACAUUUAGUCUUCAUUUUCUCUUCUUCUGGGAAGAUGUUCCACUAGAUUUCGUGGAGAUUUGUGUGAGAUUUUAUUCAGACACAAUGGUGUUAGUAAAGCCAGGUACUGAUGGAGGUGAGGUGAGGUGAGGAGGGCUGGGGAUGGUUUUGAGGUCAGAGCUUUAAAGCAGGAGCAUUUUCUUCACACUUCCACCUCAUGAAAAGCUGAUCUUCAUGAAGCUGAUAUUGUGCAAAAGGGCUUUGACAUGCUGGAACAGGUUUGGUUCUCCUAGUUCUCCUAGUGUGUGUGUGUGUGUGUGUGUGUGUGUGUGUGUGUGUGUGUGUGUGUGUGUGUGUGUGUGAGUAAAUAAAUCAUACAGUAUUUUAAGCGAGUGUUUUCCUCA